AUGGGUAGUCCUGGAUUGAGUAAUUCGGCUAUUGCUACUCGCGUUGGAUUAUCUGAGCCAAUUUCAACUGGCGGGCCCACUGAACUCGAUGUGAUUAAGACCCGGGAGUUGGAAAAGUUCCUUGAGGACGCGGGACUGUAUGAAAGUCAAGAAGAAUCUAUCAGAAGGGAGGAAGUGCUUGGGAGAUUGGACCAGAUUGUGAAGAAAUGGGUGAAGAAUAUUAGCCGUGCUAGAGGUUUUAAUGAGCAGCUAGUCCAAGAGGCAAAUGCAAAGAUUUUCACUUUUGGUUCAUAUCGUCUCGGUGUACAUGGUCCUGGUGCAGAUAUUGAUACCUUGUGCGUUGGACCAAAACAUGCUAGUCGGAAUGAAGAUUUUUUCGGUGAACUUCACAGAAUGCUGGCAGAGAUGCCUGAAGUACAAGAGCUACAUCCUGUGCCUGAUGCUCAUGUUCCGGUGAUGAGGUUCAAGUUCAGUGGUGUUUCUAUAGAUCUUCUUUAUGCGAAUGUGGCUCUCUGGGUCAUUCCUGAAGACUUGGAUGUUUCACAAGAAUCUAUACUGCAAAAUGUGGACGAGCAAACUGUUCGCAGCCUCAAUGGAUGCAGAGUGACUGAUCAAAUUUUGCGUUUGGUACCAAAUAUCAAGACAUUUCGGAUUACUCUGAGAUGUAUGAGAUUAUGGGCAAAGCGUCGUGGAAUUUAUUCAAACGUUACUGGUUUCCUUGGUGGUAUUAAUUGGGCAUUGCUUGUUGCGCGCAUUUGCCAGCUAUACCCAAAUGCUCUACCUAGCAUGCUGGUUUCUCGGUUUUUUAGGGUCUAUAAUUUGUGGCGCUGGCCAAAUCCUGUGAUGUUAUGUCCAAUUCAAGAAGGAUCUUUGGGGCUCCCUUUUUGGGAUCCUAGAAGAAAUUACAAGGACCGUUUGCACUUGAUGCCCAUAAUAACUCCUGCUUAUCCUUGCAUGAACUCUAGCUACAAUGUGUCAACAAGUACAUUACGUGUCAUGAUGGAAGAAUUCCGAAGGGGAAAGGAAAUUUGUGAGGUGAUAGAAGCAAGCAAGAGUAACUGGGAUAGUCUUUUUGAGCCUUUUGCUUUCUUUGAAGCAUACAAAAAUUAUCUGCAGAUGGACAUAGCAUCAGAGACUGAAGAAGACUCGAGGAAUUGGAAAGGCUGGGUUGAAUCCAGAAUACGUCUGCUUACUUUGAAGAUUGAAAGGGACACAAGUGGUGUACUUCAGUGCCAUCCUCACCCUGGUGAAUUUUCAGAAAAUUCUAAACCCUUUCACUAUAGUUAUUUUAUGGGGUUACGGAAGAAACAAGGCACUAAUCCUCGAGAAAAUUUACAAUUUGAUAUAAGGUUGACAGUUGAGGAUUUUAAACGUGAUGUGUAUGCAUAUUCAUUCUGGAAACGCACAAUGUGGAUUCAUAUAUCUCAUGUGAAAAAAAAAGACAUACCUAACUUCGUCUUCCCUGGUGGAGUCCGGCCUUUACAUUCCACCAAAAGUACCACAGAGACACGUUCGGUCCCAAAAUCACGUGAGUCUAACUCUCCACAGGCUGUUACGAGCAGAAAGAAGAGAAAGCAAGAUGAAAUGAAUAGAGGGGUUAGCUUGACAGAUUCCUCGAGCGCUGCUGUGUCUGGCAGCGAUGCAGGUUUGGUGGAUGAAACAACAGCAAAGAGACAAUUUGAAGCUGAUGUUGUUGACACCUUAAGUAAUGUGAGACGCCCUGAGAAUCUUUCUGGGCAUGAUCCAGAAGUUGCUGGAAUUGUUAAAAGCACUUCACCAGCCAGGCCGUCAUCUGCUGCUUGUGGUUCAUCAUUAGGUAUAACAACAAUGGAGAAGCUUGUCAUUGAACAAUCUUUGCAACCAAACAUUAGUCUUCAAGGUACUUUGGACUUGCCUGAUGGGCUUGGAGGUGUCCAAUUGAAGAGUGAAGGUCAAAACAAUGACAAGGACCAAGAGAUUAAACCAUCAGAGUACUUCACAACUGAGCAAGCGCUGGGAGCAGCAACAGAAGCGGAAGGGAGCAGUUCCUACUCCACGAUCCAACAAAGCUUGGACGUGGAAGAGCUUGAGCCUCUUGAGCUGACUGCAUCGACUACUAUGGCAUCUAGUUCAACGCACGUGCCAGCACAGAAGCCUCUUAUUAGGUUCAGUUUCACUUCUUUGGCAAAAGCAACCAGCAACAGCGCAUCUUAG